AAAUCAGAAUAUAUUUGAAAGACAAAAAUUUGUGGAUUCAGGAUAUAAUUUAAACAAAAUAGGUAGUGAAGUGCUUCUUACGGAGAAUGUCGAAUCUUGACCUUUACAUUAAGAACGGAAGGAUCUUGAUUUGCACAGGACGUUAAACCCUUUCCGGAUCGACAAAAAAUAAUCUUGUAGUUGUGUAUAUAUGUAUAUUGUAUAUACAUAAAACAAAGGAAAAAAUUUACCCAGCCACAAUGCAAGAAAUGACUACAUAGACUGAUGUCUCCAGGAGGAGCUAUUGUACUCUCCAUGGAACGGCUCAUUUGGAUCACAUUGCCACUUGUCAUUUACUUGAAUGAUUCUCAUUACGUGCUUUCCUGACAAUUUGUAUUGAGUGCAUUAUUGUCUAUAACAGCUUCUACUCUUCAAAGUCUGGAAGGUCUAUCAUCUUUUAACAGUAAUAAUAGAUUGGUUUUGGAGUGAUGAGACAACUUUCUGCAAUUUGUCCACCAUUCACCUUUAUCAACACACUCAAGGACAAAGACUGGAAUAUGAUUGUACUUUAAAAUGAUGAUGGCCGGUGCUUUGUAUUUUAAGAUGUUGUUUUUUUCUGGAGGACAUUUUCUAUAGUUUGUGAUAUGGUUAAUUCAUGUAGAAUUUGUGAUCGACGUCAGUGGAUAUUUUGUUUUCAUCUUAUUUGAUGGGUGUCUUUGUCAAGUUCAAUACAAACACCAAAUACAAUAUGAGACCCACAUUGGAAAACAGUUCUUCAUCGCAAGAUGGGAUAUGUUCCGUAGAAAACAAGCGUAACUUAUUGAAAAAGGCAGCCCAUGUGAACUUCUCAAGGCACGAUCUGAUCAUCACAUGCGACAAAGUGCCAGAUGGAACAUUAUCAGACAGAGUGAGCAGUAGUCCCUCCAAUGUCACAAAUACUCAAUCCAAGUCAAGCAGCUCCCUGCUGGGCUACUUACUGCCUCUAAGGAGCCGCAGUCGAAAACAAGCCAAGAUUCAGACAAAAAUUGUAAUGUCGUCUCAAGGGAGGCGAUCAAGCUUCCCCUCCAGGAAAAAGUCGGAUGCUACUAAAAUACCGGCAUUAAAAGGGCUCCAAAAGAAAGGGAUAUCAAAAAGCCCUAGUCUGCCCAAAAAACACCCAGUAACCCCUUCUCAGGAUGCUGUGAGUGCUGCGACACCAAAACCACGGUCAGGAUCAAACCUGGGGGUGCCGUACACCGACGACCAGCAACAGAUGCUUCGCAGCAGUACAGAGGAUCUAGACAGUGUGGAGGUUAGCAGUCGGGAAAAUGGAAGCAGUGGGGAAGGCGGGAUGGAUGAAAUGGAUGGCCCAACACCCACGGAUUCUCAUUCACACGACCCACUCAGGACAAAAACCGCCAUCGAACAAACACAGUCAAAGAUUCGCCGAACCAUGGAGAUGAUAAAAGCGGAACAAGCUGCCAAAGAAGAAAAUGUCAACGAAUACCUGAAACUUGCCGCCAGUACUGGAGCUGAUAAACAACAAUUACAGCGGAUUAAAACAAUGUUUGAGAAGAAGAAUCAGAAAUCCACACAGACUAUUAGUCACCUCCAGAAAAAACUGGAGAAUUAUCAUAAACGUUUAAGUGAUCUAGAGACUUACGGUGUGUCGGGACACAAGCAGGCUAGGGAAGUGCUUCGGGAUAUGGGACAGGGACUCAAACCUUUACUGUGGCGUUCUGUUUGGAAAAAAUAUGGUUCUAGGUCAUCUUGGGGUGUAGUUGACAAUAUCAAAGGUGCCAAAGAUACUAUUGUGUCAAAACCCAAGGAAUUUGCUCACCUCAUCAAGAACAAGUUUGGAAGUGCUGGUGACAUUAGUGAACUUAGUGUUACAGAGAUCAUGGAUGAGGUCCCGUCAUCGGAGGGAGAGAAAAUCCAUGGUAGCACGUUGCCUGCAAGGUACUGUAGAUCUAAAAGCCAACCACGGCAUGCCACCUCCUCGCUUAUACGCGUUGCCACAAGUCCAGGCAUGAUCGCUGUGGCAAACCAUUCACAGGCACACAUUUUCAAGUACGGGUCUGAUGAUGACAAUAGCAGUAUAACAUCUGGAUCAGGAUUCGGCGCCCACAGUAGUCCUCCAUCUGUAUCACAGAAUACAUCACAGCAACUUCCAAUCCUCACCCAGGCUAGUCUUGAUCCUGUUGUCAUGGAGAUGAAGGAACUUCGGGACAGCAAUGUACAAAUGCAAGAAACUAUACAGUCUCUGAUUAAAGAGCUUGAUGUGUACAGGGUAGCUACCCAGUCUGACCUUAGUAUUGUGAAGACAUUCCUCGAGGAGGAGCGGUAUCGUGUGGAGAGACUUGAGGAGCAAAUCAACGAUAUGACAGAACUUCAUCAGAAUGAGGUUACAAAUCUCCGCCAAGAUAUAAGCAGUAUGGAGGAGAAGAUUGAGUACAGACUAGAUGAACGGACAGGGGACCUUCAUGAAUCCUUAGAAAAUUGUCAAACUAGAGUAUCAAAAAUGGAACUUCAACAACAGCAGCAGCAGAUAAUAUCAAUGGAGAUGGUGGACAAUGUGACAUUUCGAACUUUACUUACCAAGUUGAUCAAUGUUGUAUUAGCUCUCCUAGCGGUGGUUCUAGUCUUUGUGUCUACAGCAGCAAAUCUUGUUGCCCCGUUCCUCACGACCAGAGCAAGGAUUCUCAGUACAGUGGUUUUGAUAUUUGCCCUGGUGUUGGUGGGACAAAACUGGGGAACGAUAUCAACGACUGUAUGUAACAUUUGGAAUUAUAUUGUGGAGUUGUUACCACGACGAUAACGGAGAAUGUAUACUUGUGUUAGUCUGACUUCACAUGAAAUAUACUGGAAACUUAUCAGUAUUUUUGCUGGGACAACUUUGUCGAUUCUGUGAAAACAACAGUUAUGUUUAACACUAUUCGACACUGUACCAGGAUGUUAUUGAUGGACUCCGUACAUACAAGUGUACUAUGAAAUGGUGAUGCUUGCAAUGGAUGUGACGAGUUCUUGCCAAGAGAAGACAUGGAAUUUGAUCUGGGUUUCAAUAAAUACAUACAUUCUUGUGAAGGAAGGGUCAUUUUUGUGUACUUGAAUUAACACAAUAUCACGUCAAGUGUUUCCAUCAAGAAUUUCACGCAGGCUCCUUAUUUAAAGAAUUUGCUGUAUGAUCAUGGACAUGUUUGGUGUUUCGUAAAAAGUUAUAUCCUCACUUGGAUUUGAAUGAUUUUCAAAUCAGACGUUUGGAAUCUUUUUAAGUGUAAAACAGGGUUAGUUUGUGAAGCUCCCUGUCAUAUAAAAUGGAUGACGGUUGUUUUCGUGUGUUCAAAACCGCAACAUGUGCUGUUACCUAUAUGUUUUGUGACUGACUCCAUACUGUGUUGUUAGGUUGUGAAGUGCGGGCAAUAAAGAAACACUUAAGUCAUUCACGACUGGUCAAGUAGUAGUCUUUGGCCAGUCAAUUUAUUGAAUUAGUUGCAUAAUUGCAAAAAAAACUUGGAAUUUCGGAGCAGUGAAGAAUGCUGUUCCAUCGAAGAAUUAAAAUGGAUAAUAGUCGUUUUGAAAUGAAAGUUGCCACUUGCCAAGCAAGUUUUAUUAUUGAAAAGUUAUUGAAUUGCUUUGUUGUUGAACUGUAUCUCAUGAUUAACUUUCCACAUGCAUUGCAUGUCCCGUGAUACUGGGUGAUAAAUGGAUGAGUGUACCUGGUAGGAUGCGUUAUUUUUAGAUGUGUGCCCUAUACUGUGAUAAAUGUGCUACACAAUACAAUGUAUUUCAGCUCUUUCAAUUACCGACAUGUCUAACUACUCGUACACAAUCCCAUACUUCACAUUUUCCUCACAACAAAAUAAUAACACAAAUUCAACGAGAGAUAAUAACCUUGUUUACCUUUCCUACGGCCAAGAUAAGGUGUUACUGCUUUUAAAUAUCAAUUUCAUUUCAGUAAUACAAGAUAGAGAAUACAUGUAUUAUUAAAAGAAUCUUCAAUAAGAUUAUUUUGUUUAAACAAUAUUACCUUAACUCCGUCAAGCUAAUCUUCAAACUAUACCAUGGAAAUAAAGUCAUGGUAAAAAAAAACAGUGCGGUACAUUUUAGAUGAAUCAGUCUCGUGUUGGAUCAGUGAUCAAAUGAGCUCUGAGGACUGAGUUCGAAUACGAUGCAAUGUCCUGGACAAAGAGUUCCUUUGCUAGUCACCGAAAAGUUUGUUAGCAAUUGCUCUCCCUUUAAGGACGAAACAAUUGCAACUUCUUCGCUUUGACAAAAUUCUUUUAUGAAUUACUAUCUCCAGGCUUCAUAUGGCCUUAGUGUCCUCGAUUCUGUUGAUAUAGUUUGCUAUUGUAGCAGUUCUUUCUUUUUCUGUGGAAAGGCAUUUCGACGGAACACCUCUAUUACUUCCAGGGUGUCUUUCCCAUAUGAUUGGUCAUAUGGGGGAGUUUGUUGAACCUUUUUGUUUCUUUAUUGUGGAGAAUUGGACUUGAUUUUGUUACAGGUCUUAUUGAAUUUCGAAUUCUCCACUACGACAAGGAUUGUACACAAGAGCUGCAAUGGAAUUUGAAUUGGAAAGAUAAUUUUGUAUACUAAAGUUAUAUUAAUUGUAAGUCGAGAAAGUGUUGUUUUUCGGCCUCAUAAAGAGUUGGCCACAGCGGCCGUUUUUUUAAACAUGAUUGCGCAAUCAUGGUUUUUCUUCAUAGCACCUAUUUUAAUCUUGUUCAAGUUCCAUCAGUGGAAUUAAGCUAAAAAAGAAUCCUGAAUUGUUGUCAUUUUCUGGGUUGGUCAGGAAUCCAACAUGGCUGUCAUGACCAAGGGCACAACUAUACUUAAACAGUACUAGGGUCUUUAAAUUCAGCUACACUAUGAUUUGCAGGGAAAUUCUUUCUGGUACAAACGUUUAAAAUGUACAUAUUUUAUAUGGACAUAUACAAUGUAUAUAUAAUUGUAGUGUUAUAACAAUUUAUCAUCUAAAAAUAACUUUUAAUAGAAAAUAUUUAAUUUUAACCAUUUAAAAAAGAAAAUAAUUUGAAAAUCAGUACAUUUUAGUUACGUUUUGUUUUGGAAUUUGCACUGUAUGUUAAUACCUUUUGUAAUCUAACCAGGUGUUAUCCAUUUAUUUACAGCUGGAUUUUCGUUGUCUCAAGUUUUCAGGGCAGAAAACUGUUAUCUUAAGUUAUAGAAAUUUCAAAAUCUUGGUCAGUUAAUUGGUCAGGGCUCUUAAGAUACAUAAUUAUACGUUUCUCCAUCAGUAGCUACAUAGAUAACAGAAUAAAGGUCAUAUGUUUGUUUUACUGUAGUAUAGCAUGCAUUUACCAUUUUACAGUGCAAUUCCAAAAUAAUAAGUCGGGAUUUUUUUUUUUUUUUUUUUGACAUUUGUUGAAAUUAUAUUGAUAGCUACCAGAAGGUAAAACCGUUAGUUUCGUAUGUUGCAACUUGUAACUUGUUUUUGGGUUUUGAAUGUGGUGCAUGACAAUUACUUCAAUGAAAUGAACAGGAACGAUCAGAUUACAGAGGUAUUUGAAUUGUUGAUUUGUUUUAAUUGUAUAAACUACAAUGAUAAUUUUAAUUUAUUUAAUACAGUUUUUUUUUAUUACAUGUUUUCCAUAGUCCCAUUUCUUAAAAUUCUUAAUGUGAAUUGUUUAAUUGAGAUACUGAAUUUAUUGUUAACACUUGAAUGUCUUCAAUUUUUUUCUUCCAUAUUUUUCAACGAGCAAAUCACUUAAUUUCUUGUUAACAAAAGAUUGUUUUCAUUGAUAUUGAUUUAAGAAACAAAUAACUUAAAUAUGUUCACCUUUUUUAUGGCAUUUCAGAGAUCGCAACUGGUCGAGAUUUCUUAAUGUAUAACACAUAUCAAAGGGGGACAAGUGAGAAAAUGAUGUAAUAAUGAUUUAAACGAAAGAUGGCAUGGCUUUAACUGUUGAAUAUUUGAUGUGUUUCUAAAACUAUUACAUACAAUAACACAUAUUUGGACAUAGUAAUUAGUUGUUAAAGAUAUUGCCCAACAAAUAAUUUACGCAAAUGCCCAAAUAUACAAAGUAAUGGUGAUUUUCAAUAUCUACAAACGUAACGUAGUUUGGAAUUUUGCGUUUAAUUCUGUUAAGCUGACCUAACUGAAUAUCUCUGUGAUCUAAUAUUAAACAUGUUUCCGAGUCUUAUAUAUAUGUGUGUAUAUUUAGGCGUAUUGCCUAUGUUGAUCGUAAGGUGUGAGCUUGCCAUGUCAUAUUUUACAUGAAGAGAUUUAACGUUUUAGCUGCGAUCUCGUAUGAACAUUUAUCUUCAUUGUUUUCACAAUUUUGACCAUAGUACUUCGGUUACGUUUAAUUUUCCCUGAUUCUAGAUUAGUAUUGACCAUUUCCAGUUAAAGUCAUUUGUGUGAAUCUUAAAGACAGGGUUCAUUACUAUGUAUUUGUGAUUAGCUAUGACAUUGUCUUACAUUGUUUUUAGAAAUGUUUUCAUUUAUUUCAUGAUUUCUAAUAUUCAUGUUUACUUAUCAGAAAUGGUAUCAGAACAUGCUGGUCAUUGUUUUCUUUUCAUUAACACACUAGAUUAUAGGAUAAUGCUAGCUCUUAUCAUAUAAAUGCAAUUGACGAAAACUGGAAAUAUUAUCGGUAAUUUGCGAUAUUGUGGUGAAAAACCAUUCGGUCGCCUUUAACAUAUCUAUCCAAACAGCAUGUUCACUUUUUUGCGUGAGAGGCGUAUUUUGUGUUGUUGCCAUUUUUCGUAGUUCAUUUUGAGACAAAUUGGUAAAUUGUCAAUAUACGAUUUUCAAAAUAUCAAAUAAUAUGAAAUUACAGUGAGAUAAGAUGUUCGACAAAAGACCAGGUAUGCACAAACAUUUGCCAUUUUCCUGAUAUUUUUUAUAACAAAUCUCGCUAAGAAUAUAUGUAUCAUAGAUUCUUCAGCUAGACAUGGUUACAAUACUUUGACAACUGUGAUCGAUUUAUGAUGAUGUUUGGGCUCUGUUAACAAUUAUUUUAUGGAUUUAUCCCUCUUGGUAUAUCUCUCACAUUUGCAAAUUUUCGGACGAUUUGUUUUUUACGUCAGCUAAUUUGGAUUUUCCGGUGUCUCUUUUCACCGAAAUUGACUUUCAUAAUUUAGCUAAAGGGAUUGAAUCUCUUUUCUGUGCACAAUUGCAGCUGAUACAAACAUUUUAUCUGAACUCAUUGAAACGACUAGCAAAACCUCACUUAUGUUUCAUGAUUUUUUCCUGACAUAUUUACAAAAUGGGCCAGCGUUAAAAUAGACCACAAUUUCACAUUUUUUUUUGAUAAUCCUUUCAUUAGAACCUUUCAGGUGUUGGAUAAUAUAAUUUAUUUUAAUGUUUAAGGCUUUUGAAUGCCAUGUCUGCUGCUUCGCAUGCACUUUCAUUUUGGCACAAAUAUACAUUUUUAUCAAUCAUCAUUUAUUUAUUUAGGGAAAUCGCUCAGUGCAGAUUCUUCUUGCAUACGUCAAGUUAACUUAGUUCGGUGUGUUUCACAACUUUACUGGAUACAUGUUCCUGAAUAUUUAAAAAAAAAAAACUUUUUAUUCAGUAAUAUUGUUUUUCUUUGAGAGACACAGUAAUAUUAGUUAUAAGUUCUGUAUGGCCCAUCAACAAUAUAAAAGUCAUUAUGGCCAAAAAAAUGUGUGAUACAGACCAACAGCUUUCAGAUACAUCCCACAUAACCAGUAAACAUACGUUUAUCAUCGUAUUAUCAAGUGACUAGUCGUAUGCUGUUGAAGUGUGUUUAUAAAUCUAGAUACAUGAAAAGGCAAAUCAAGAUAUUGCAGAUUCCUUGUUGACGACAAUGAGCUGAUGAAGGUACUGUGACAAAUGUUUUUUGUGGAAAAAAACAGCUUUUCUCGUGAUUUUUUAGUUGAAAAUGAAUAUACAAUUUUAUGACGCAAUUAGAGUUAUUUUGUAACAUCGAGUUGAGUUUAGAAGAAUAACAUACAUAAAUUUCAGUGUAAAUUGAAAUUUCUAUCACAGGAUAUAAUUUAUAAAGCUUGAGUCACGUGACCUUAUAUCUCGCGACUAACUUAAAAUAAAACAAUACCUUCCACUUGUUAAUAGGGACAAAGUGUACAUGAAGUGUUCCUAUAACUCUGUUAACACAAGUUGUUAACACUAGUUUGUUACUGUAGAAAAGAAAUGCAUCAAAUGCAUGAUGAUGAAGAACGUGGAUGGUUUGUUUAUAUUCAAAACAACCAAUAUUGUUGUAAAUAUAUCUGCAUAUGUGUCCAAAAGCAAAUUAUUUUAGAUUUUUAACGUAUGUUCAUGUUAGCACAGAAUCGUUUUACCUUAGUUACCUGUGGGAUUUACUUGCCUGGAAAUGAAUGCCGCCAUGUUACAAUGGUUAGUGCAAUAUGAGAUUAAACAAUGCAAUUUUA